AGAAGUGGAAUCUAGCCGGCGCCGCUCUCUGAGCGGGACUCGUGGAGCGGCACUGGGCAUGCUCAGUGGCCAAAGCCAGUCCUGGUCUCAAGUAGGAAGCUCGUGCGCUGUACCCGCAGCUGAUCCUGGCGCUCCUGGCAGGGCGAGAUUGGAGCAGAGCUGCCGGGCGCCGGAGCCGAGGCGAGCGCCGCGCGAACCGCCGGUGUGUUACCAGGUGCAGCUGCCCCGGGAGGGGUGUGGCCUCCGGCUGGAAGCUCUCUGCACUAAGGCUGACCAGCUGACCCCGAGGAGCUGGGCCCUGGAGGCUGUCUGCCUGCAGCUGCUCUGCGGGUCUUAGCAGUGGAUCUUCCAGUCUAUCACAGUCGGAGCUGCCGUGGGGUGAGCAGCUGCUGUCUGUAGCCAAGCAUGCUGUGGUCGGCUCUGCCCAGCCGUGGAACAGAAACAUUUGCUGGAUGGAAAAUCCAUAAAAGAAAGCUCCUGUGAAAGCCUGAGACAGACGAUAACUUAAGCAAAAUCAGUGCAAAUUGCUUAUAAAAAAAAUGUGGCCUGGCAGCAGCUGGUGCUUAGAGUGUGCGCCCACACCCGAAGACUUUUCUUUAUGAUUGGAUUCGGGAAAGGAACCUGAGAAAAGCAAUGCUUGUGGUGGUGACUGCUUGCUAAGGAUAUAUUCGGGCUGCCUGACCUCAUUGAGUGAUUGCUAUUAAUUAACAAGACUUUGUGGGAAAAGGGAAAUUGCCUUCUGAGCUUUGUACCAAAGACCUGGGAAAACUUAAACAUCUCAGUCUUUCCUGAGUACUUGGAAACUGCCGGGGCCCCUGAUAAUGUGCUGACUGGUCGCUAUGGGCAGACGGUACCCAGAGGCUCACUGUUAUCCAGGCAGCUCAUAUUUCAGAUUAUAACCUAUUUCCUGCACCAUUGCUGACGUCCAGUGACCCAUGUCAGAAGUACUUCCAGCUGACUCAGGUGUAGACACUUUGGCAGUGUUUAUGGCCAGCAGCGGAACGACAGACGUCACGAAUCGGAAUAGCCCGGCCACACCACCAAACACCCUUAAUCUCCGUUCCUCCCACAAUGAAUUGUUGAACGCUGAAAUAAAACACACAGAAACCAAGAACAGCACACCCCCCAAAUGCAGGAAAAAAUAUGCACUGACUAACAUCCAGGCGGCGAUGGGCCUCUCGGAUCCGGCUGCACAGCCCCUGCUGGGAAAUGGCUCUGCCAACAUCAAGCUGGUGAAAAAUGGAGAGAACCAGCUCCGGAAGGCUGCAGAACAAGGGCAGCAGGACCCCAACAGAAACGUCAGCCCCACUGCAGUCAUCAACAUAACUUCUGAGAAGUUAGAGGGUAAAGAGCCCCACCCACGGGAUUCCUCGGGCUGCGAGAUUUUACCCUCCCAGCCCCGAAGAACCAAGAGCUUCCUGAAUUACUAUGCAGACCUGGAAACCUCAACCAGAGAACUCGAGCAGAACUUGGGAAACCAGCACGGGGCUGUGGAGGAGAAGGCCCAGCCAAGCCAGAGCCAGGCCUCCACCGUCGCUGGGAAUGGCGACUUACUGCUGCAGAAACCAAACAGACCCCAGUUCAGCCCUGAGGAUGGCCAGAUAGCCACCGUAUCAUCCAGCCCGGAGACCAAGAAGGAUCACCCUAAAACGGGGGCCAAAACUGACUGUGCACUCCACCGGAUCCAGAACCUGGCACCGAGCGACGAGGAGUCCAGCUGGACGACCCUGUCCCAAGACAGUGCCUCCCCCAGCUCCGCAGAUGAGACAGCAGAUAUAUGGAGCGAUCACUCCUUUCAGACUGAUCCAGAUUUGCCACCUGGCUGGAAAAGAAUCAGUGACAUCGCUGGGACCUAUUAUUGGCACAUACCAACCGGGACGACUCAGUGGGAACGCCCUGUCUCCAUCCCAGCAGAUCUCCAGGGUUCUAGGAAAGGGUCCCUUAGUUCUGUAACGCCAUCUCCCACCCCAGAGAACGAGAAACAGCCAUGGAGUGAUUUUGCUGUUCUGAAUGGGGGAAAGAUUAAUAGUGACAUUUGGAAGGAUUUGCAUGCAGCCACAGUCAACCCGGACCCCAGUUUAAAAGAGUUUGAAGGAGCAACACUGCGCUAUGCAUCCUUGAAACUCAGAAAUGCCCCACAUGCUGAUGAUGAUGAUUCUUGUAGUAUCAACAGUGACCCAGAAGCUAAGUGUUUUGCUGUGCGCUCUCUGGGGUGGGUGGAAAUGGCAGAGGAGGACCUCGCCCCUGGCAAGAGUAGUGUUGCCGUCAACAACUGCAUCAGGCAGCUUUCUUACUGCAAAAAUGACAUCCGUGAUACAGUUGGCAUUUGGGGAGAGGGGAAGGACAUGUACCUGGUCCUGGAGAACGACACGCUGAGCCUGGUGGACCCCAUGGACCACAGCGCGCUCCACACGCAGCCCAUCGCCAGCAUCCGCGUGUGGGGCGUGGGCCGCGACAACGGCCGAGAUUUUGCUUAUGUAGCAAGAGACAAAGACACAAGAAUUUUGAAAUGUCAUGUAUUUCGAUGUGACACACCAGCAAAAGCCAUUGCCACAAGUCUCCACGAAAUCUGUUCCAAGAUCAUGGCCGAACGGAAGAACGCCAAAGCCCUGGCCUGCAGCUCCCUGCAGGAAAGGGCCCACGUGAACCUCGACGUCCCCCUGCAAGUAGAUUUUCCAACACCAAAGACUGAGCUGGUCCAAGAGUUCCACGUGCAGUACUUGGGCAUGCUACCUGUGGACAAACCAGUCGGAAUGGAUACCCUGAACAAUGCCAUAGAAAGUCUUAUGACCUCGUCCAGCAAGGAGGACUGGCCUUCAGUGAACAUGAAUGUGGCCGAUGCUACUGUGACUGUCAUCAGUGAGAAGAAUGAAGAGGAGAUCCUGGUGGAGUGUCGGGUGCGAUUCCUGUCCUUCAUGGGCGUCGGGAAGGAUGUGCAUACGUUUGCCUUCAUCAUGGACACUGGGAACCAGCACUUUGAGUGCCAUGUUUUCUGGUGCGAGCCUAAUGCCGGUAACGUGUCCGAGGCAGUGCAGGCUGCCUGCAUGUUACGAUACCAGAAGUGCCUGGUAGCCAGGCCGCCUUCACAGAAAGUUCGACCACCUCCUCCGCCAGCAGACUCUGUGACCAGGAGAGUCACAACCAAUGUAAAACGAGGGGUCUUAUCCCUCAUUGACACUUUGAAACAGAAACGCCCUGUCACAGAAACGCCGUAGCUGCACAUGUGAAAGGAUCCUGUAACAUUUACUGAAGAUUGAAUAGCUACACUAAAGAAGAGGAGCUGAUCUCUGGCCUUCCAUUCAGUUGCUGAUGCUUUGUCUUCAGAGAUUAAUAACUUAACCAAACAGUGUUAGACAAGCAUGUUCUCUCGUCUUGCCACCGUCGUGUGAUAUGAAAAGCAUGACUAAUUUUUUUUGCUGUCAGUAAGUUACAUCAUGAGCAGUGGAAGCUCCCUUUCUUACUGUAAAUAUCGUGAACAUUAUGUAACUUCACACACACAGGGAAGAAUGUGGCCACACCCCUCCCAGUGAAGCAGCUGAGUCCUUGGAGUGAAUGACACCUGGGUUAGUUUCACUGUCUUCUUGACUGGAUCUGUCACAAGCAACUUUUAAGUCCUACAGCACUUUGCCCUGUUUUCAACAUUGGAGUAGACACUGCAUACCGGAUACCACUGAAUUGCUGUAAAAACAGGAUGACUAGUUUUCGUUUUAGUUCUUCAUAAAAUCGAACCUUUGGUUGACAAAAUUGGCUGUUGGCAUCAGUAUAGAAACCAACUGGCAACUUUCCUUGACGAGCUCUUUGACACAUGGACACCAUUUCAUGUCUACAGCUGUUUGGGGGAUGUUGGGAAAAAAGUGAAGCUUCAAAAUUGAAAAACUAAAUUUCAGAAAUUAAAACAGAACAAAAAUAGCCUUUCUGUUCAGAUGGUUUUCAAACUGAUUAUUAAGAAAGAGAUUAACAAAAUUAUAAUGCAUUUUGGGUGGGAAAUAUUUCAAACUUCUGCCUUAUACUGUACAAUGCAGCUAGAGAAUUAUAGUUCACUAUGGCCAUUCUCUACAUAAACAUUAAAAUGAAAUAUUCCUCAUAAGCCUUUCAUCCUUAGUUUGAUAAUUAGCCAAUAUGCAACUUGGAGUUGAGGAAAUGUCAUUUAUAUUUUAGAUCUCCACCACCACGUUGUUUUCCACCUCCUAGGUAAAUGUUCUGCUAGGAUUCUGCAUCUAGCUCAAUCUUACCUUAAUGCUUUUUGCCCAGAAAGCUGUCUGUCCAUCAUGUAUUGUCCAUGGCAACAAACUUCAUAAAAUUGAACCUUUCUGAAUUUAUGUAUUUAAUAUUAAAAUUUGUUGGACUCUAGAUAUAUUUUUAAAUUUAUAUUUUUUCCAUUUAUGUUCAAGAUUUAAAAAUUUCAUAUCAGAGCAAAAUAUACAUAGGAACAAAGGACUAUUUAACAGGCUUCCCAAAAAACAGCACUUUCCUGCUUCUCUAUCUAUAGAUGAGAGACUUAGCUGUAAACAGAUUGAGACACUUGUUGAUAAUGUUUUAAAGAAGUUGCUAAGAAGCUCAAUCUAGACAUUAGUUUUGUUUACUUUUCAGUGAUAAAAUUACCAUUUUACAACAUCGUUGUAAAAGUAAUGCUUUAUGUUUAUCUACUGCUAUGUACUUGUCAAAAUGGUUUCCACAUUCUUAUCGUCACAUUUGAGCCUUAUAGAGAAGGUACUAAACACAUUUGAGAAAUAAAAAAUAUGAAUUAAAGAGGCUCAGUCACCUAGCCUAAGAUCUCACGAAAGUUAGUGAGAAAGCCAGAACUAGGACCCAUGCUUCUCAACUCCCAGUUAUUAAGUUAUGCUGCUUCCACACCAGUCAGGAGGAGUCUUUCCAAAAUUACGCUGGGCAUAUCCAGUUAUUAUCAGGCAAUCUUAGGAUUCCCUGUAUAAGUAGGGAAGUAUGUCCAAAUUACUCAUGCCGUGAUUUAAAACCAUUACCUGCUCUCAGUUUUCCUGCAGUGUGCCUCAAAUGUGUUGUAGAGGACAGGAUUCUACAUGCAGUCCAGAGAUAAUGUUACAUGUGGUAGAAAUAUUCCUAACUCAUGAUACUUAGCCACCAGAGAACAUGAUGGAAUGAGUAGGUGGCCUCCUGCCUCUGUUCCCUCUCAGAAUUCUGGAAUUGUUUGCUAGCACCCUAGAGAUGCCACUCUAGAAGUGGAUUAUACUCUCACCAGCCUGUACACCAUUCUACUAAAGUUACCAGUGACAUCCUAAGAAAUUACUGCAUUAAGAAAAUCCUUACUGUGCCCUUCGAAAAGCUGUUCAAAAUUCAAUCUUGAUGAUCUUUCAUCGUGACCUCCACAGUGAAACAAACAUUUUAGUGUGAUAAACUUCAAAAUUCUUAAAAAAGUGAUCCACUUUUAUAUUGGACAUCUCUACCAGAACCCAUUCAUUUUUUUUUAAGGCAUACAUAUGUUUUCAGGAUCAAGAAUACUGAGCUAGCUUUAAGUAGCAAACUGAUUUAUAUAUGCAAUUAUGGAUGCAUUAAGAUGAAUGAUAGCCUUUACAUACUGAAAACUUUACUGCAGAUACUUUGUUUUAAAAAUAGCUUUGCAUACUAAAUGCAAUUAAUUUUAUAAAAUUAAUUAUGUUAAGCCGUAUGUUCAGACACUUUCUGCCAUGGCCAAAAAGUAUGUAUGAAAGUAUGUGUGUAUUUUCUGUGAAAGGAUGCUAGCGUUUUACCUGAUAUUGUAGUGACACUUCAGUUAUCUAUGCAUUCUUUGUAUCUGUGAUUUGGUAAACAGGCAGCCAUGUUCACUAUGCCUUGUAUGUCUUAUCAUUUUUUUAAUUAACCUGUUAAAUACAGCUUAAAAUAUUUUUAUUUUAUUUAUUCUAUUUUUACUGAAAUAUACUGCAUUAUUGUGUUAAUGUAUUAUCUUUACUGGAUAUUAUCUCUCAAUGUAUCCAGGUCUAAGUAAUCUCAGUGAACUAUACAUUGCCUAAAAGGUGGUUUUGUAAUGAUUUGUAGUCACAUUUUUAUUGGAAUAUGUAUAAGAAAAGGCAAAAUACUUAAAAGUUCCUUUUAUUUUUUAAAA